UUUGGUGAAGAUGAAAUGGGUUGCAAUGGUUGUUCCGAAACUACAUUUAGUUGCGAGAACUCUGAUUCAAGGUCUGAGAGUUCUUGUUUUACAAAGGAGCAGCGAUGUAACAACGUGGCAGAUUGUCCAAAUCGUAAAGACGAGUUAGAUUGUACUAUGCUUGCACCAACUCUCCACAAAAAACCGUUAUUUUCAAUAUCAAAUACAGAAGGAUACCUGUAUAGAAACUUUAAAGGUACUUGGUACGCCGUUUGUAACAAUCCCUACAUGUGGGCACAUGACGCUUGUCGUCGAGAGACAGGACUUAUUAUAAGACCACCUUACAUCCAAGUACUACCAAUCGAUCCAUUGAUAAAGGUUAACUACUUAAGUACGGGAUCUGGUGGACUCCUUCACACCAGCAACUCCUGCUUGAACUCUUCAGCUGUAUACGUCACAUGCCCCGAUUUACUUUGUGGCACAAGAGUUCUGACUUCAUCACAAUUGCUGAGAGAGAACGCAGCAAUAGAGAAUCAACUAUUUGGUCGAAACAAAAGAUUCCUUAUACCCAACCACCCAUAUUAUCCAUUCUUCUACUAUAGUAAUCGAUUUAAGAGAAACAUAGACCCAACUGACACUAUUGAUAGUGUGAAUGAGGAUAUAGAAGGUGGUAGGAGGAUUGAAGGUCGUGUUGUUGGAGGGAAGCCAAGCCAACCAGCAGCCUGGCCCUGGGCCGUUGCUUUGUACAGGAAUGGAAUGUUCCAUUGUGGUGGAGUCAUCCUAAAUCAAAAUUGGGUUCUGUCUGCAGCGCAUUGCGUCAACAAAUUUUGGCAACACUAUUACGAAGUACAGGUUGGUAUGUUGCGGCGAUUUUCCUUUUCGCCACAAGAACAAAAUCAUCGUGUCAGUCAUGUGAUCGUUAACCAAAACUACGACCAAGAAGACAUGAAGAAUGACUUGUCCCUGCUGAGAGUUAAGCCUGCUAUUCAGUUCAGUCGCUGGGUAAGGCCAAUCUGCUUGCCCGGACCAGAAGUGGCGGGUCCUGAUUGGAAAUGGGGCCCCCCGCAAGGAACUAUGUGUACUGCCGUUGGAUGGGGAGCCACUGUCGAACAUGGACCUGAUCCUGAUCAUAUGCGGGAAGUCGAAGUCCCUGUUUGGGAUCACUGCAAACAUCGUGAAGACCAACUUGGGAGGGAGAUUUGCGCCGGGCUGGUAGAAGGUGGAAGAGAUGCUUGCCAAGGUGACAGUGGCGGUCCAUUACUCUGCAGAAAUCCAUCCAAUCCGCAGCAGUGGUAUAUAGCUGGAAUCGUAAGCCACGGAGAUGGUUGUGGUCGCAAGGGUGAACCAGGAGUAUAUACAAGAGUUAGCUUAUUUAUACAAUGGAUCAAAUUUCAUACAUCAUCUAAAACCUUACCAACAAUCCAACCGAAACAAGACUGUCCUGGAUUUAGAUGUGAUUCCGGAAUAUCGAAAUGCCUUCCUAAAAAACGAAUGUGUGAUAAAAUAAUAGAUUGUUUGGAUGGCGAGGAUGAAGCAAAUUGUGAUUUGAGGAGAUCUGGAGAUCUUUUUGAAGAUAUUUUACAAAAUCCAUUUAAUCGGGAUGCUAAUGCUACUGAUGGUCACCAGAAUGAUGUCAGAAAGGAUGUUAAUUUAAUAUCUCCCAAAAUUAAAAAUAAUAUAGACACAACCACAAUCAAGACAAUUUCAACAAGUUUUCCUCAAACUACAACUGAUGGAAAUAUGAAAAAUAAAGAUUCGGAAGUUUCCACAACUACUGUCCCUACUGCAGUUCAAAAUGAAACACAAAACAUUAGCAAUACUGAUGAUAAAAUACAUGUUAACAGUUCAAAUGAAAAUCAUAGCGACGAAAAAUUGGAUUUGAGCAAUAGCUUAGAAAAUGAAGGAAUACAUGAUUCCAAUGAACAUGUCACUGAUGAGUCUACCUUGAUGACUACCACUGAAUCUAACAAUAUAAAAACGAUAAUAAUUUCGCCUUCACAUAUACCUCUUGAACCAAUGUCAUCGAUUACAGAUAAAAGUAAGCAUAUAGCAGAAGACAGCAAAAGUGAUGCUACAUCUUUCAUUCCAAAUAAAAUUAAUUUUGUGCAUGAUGAUGAAAUAUCAAAAACUAUUCUUAAUAAUUAUAAUUUUUCUACUACUACAACAACCUUGCGUCCCCAAAAUACUAUAUAUUCCCAGAAUUACAUUGAAAAAUAUGAGGAAGCAAUAUCAUUUCCAGAAACAUCGGAACUGAAUAAUUUACAAGCAAUACAAGAGACAACCACCCAAAAAACGGAUACGAAUAAAGCUGAAAACAAUGAUAAAAAUUUAAAUUCCAAUUCGCAAUCAAGUGACAUCCCAGAAACAGAUGUUAUAGGUUUAUAUACAAUUCAUAAAGCAACAAUGAGGAAAAAACAUAAAUCACUUUCUGAGUUUCAGUGCCGCAGAAUAUAUCAAAUAGUGCCAUAUCAACUUCGAUGCGACCAUAAAGCAGAUUGCGAAGAUGGAACCGAUGAACUUGACUGCACGUGUAUCGAUUAUCUUACAACAUUCGACAGUGGACUUUUAUGUGAUGGAAACUUUGACUGUCCAGAUGGUCAAGAUGAAAUUGAUUGCUUUGGUUGUAAUGAUGAUGAAUUCCUGUGUCAACGAAGUCAAGUUUGUAUACCUCAAAAAUUUGUGUGUGAUAGUCGACCUCAAUGUCCAUUAGGUGAAGAUGAACAAGAUUGUCUUGCUCUGACAAAUGGAAGAGAAAUUACUUAUUACAUUGAUGGGAAGCCAAAAGUAACAUUAGAAGGUUAUAUCACCAAACGAAAAAAUGAUGGCUGGCAUGUAAUUUGUGAAGAUAAUUUAUCAAUACAUGAUCAAGAACAAGAAGCAACAAAUGUGUGCCGUUAUCUUGGAUUCAGUGCUGCUAAUAGAUAUCUGAUAAAACACAUAAAUGUGAAGGAACAUCCUAUAGGACAAAGUUCUGUUGAUAGCAAAAGGACUAAAAGAUAUAAGGAUAAUAAAGGACCCGUCCUUUUCACUUACGAAGAACGUGCAGCUGAAAGUGAAGCGUCAAGAAGCAUACACAUGAAUCAACCACAAGUUUUAAAAGAGAGCUGUGUUCCAAAUGUGACCAAAACUUGUAUGGCUUUAUACGUAUUUUGUGACCCUUCACUAUAUUCACACUAUUCAGUAUCUCAGGAUUUACCAUUUGGUCGCGAAAGUGAAGACAAUGUUAUCCAACAAUGGCCAUGGGUUGCUAAGCUAUUUGUAAACGGAGAGUAUAGCUGCAGUGGUGUUUUAGUCGACGUUUCUUGGGCUCUUUUUAGCAAUGCCUGUAUGAAUAUAAGUGUGCAAAAUCGUCGGUAUGUAACAGUUGUCUUAGGAUCACAUAAAACUUUAUUAUCCACGCCUGGAUUAUACGAACAGGUGAUCAAAGUUGAUACAAUUAAAGAAUUGUAUAGCAGCAGAGUUAUUUUAGUACAUUUACAAGAGCCAGCUGAAUAUACGUCAUUAGUGAAACCAAUGGUAUUUACUGGAAGUUACAUGCCCGAUCAUAAAAAGAAUUUCUGUGUUGCAAUUGGCCAAGAUGGUACUAAUAACACAGUUAGUGUAUUUCUCAAAGAAACAAAAGAAAGUUGCGAUGGAGACGAUAUAUGUUUCACUAAGCAAUCUACUGCAGAUAUAUGCCAGUAUGGACUACCUGUUGAAAGGCAAUGGGCGGGAAUCAUAAGUUGUCACACUAAACAAGGCUGGUUCCCCGCAGCGUCUUUCAUUGAAAAUAAAGGGGAGUGCCACAUGAACAGUCUGUUGAUAGCGACGGAAAUCGCUAACUUAAAACAUGAAAUCAAAUACUAUGAAGAAAAAACACUAUUAGAAUCAAAUAGUUUGGCAAAUACUGAUGACUGUGAAGGAAUACGGUGUCCCAGAGGAACUUGUAUUAAAAUGAAACAUGUUUGUGACGGCGUCAGUAACUGUGAGGAUGGAAAUGACGAAUCGCACGAGGCAUGCCAAAAGAAAUAUGACAUCUGCUCAAAGGAUCCUCUCUUCAGAGGUUGUGAAUGUCCCGUAGGACAGUUAAAAUGUCGUAAUGGAGAAUGUGUGCCAAAAGAGGCUUUCAAAGAUGGCCACGAUGAUUGUGCCGACGGUACUGAUGAACCAGGUCAGACCACUUGCUCGGAUUAUCUGAGUCGAGUGAUGCCUUCAAGAUUGUGCGACGGUAUUCUACACUGCCAUGACAGGAGUGAUGAAGACCCUAUGUUUUGUAAAUGUUUCGCUAAAAACGCUUACAGAUGCGGUAAAGACCCAUCUGGUGAAGCCGAUGAUUUCUGUGUAGCGAUGGAUAUGGUAUGCGAUGGUGUUCCUGACUGUCCAAACUCUCAGGAUGAAAGGACAUGCAUUGCUUUGAGCGCUCCGCAAGGGACACCGCCCGGCAUUGGCGAAGUAAUUAUCCGAUCACAUGGCGUAUGGUACUCAAAAUGCUACCCAGACAGGUUCCACACAAAAUCUGAAUUGGAAUCGAUUUGUAGAGAGCUUGGUUUUAUCAGUGGUCAUGCUAAGCAAUUGUCAUCUGAAGCGAAACCCCAUCCAUAUAAUAAUGUGAUUCUUGAUAGUUUCACAGACGUGGUACUCAAUAAUAGCACUAAGGUUAAGUUGAGAAAUAGCCACGUCCCAAUCGCAAGAGGAACGUAUGAUGAAAAUUUAAGUGAAUGUUUUCCAGUUUUUAUUGAAUGUGUUUGAUUUAUCUUAACGAUAGAGUUCGUGUUGUUAUU